GCAACAAGCAAGGUACAACAACACAACAUUCCAAGGCUGCUGAGAAGGAGUCUGGCUCCCGAUCAGGAAACUGCUAUAGUUCGGACCAGGCUUUGCUCCACAGCUGCAAGGUACGUCCGGCUUCCUCGAGGCCAGCAUCGUGCUCGCCUCCGUUUUGCGUCGCGGCGGGGAAGCGGGAGGGCGCAGAUCGGCCUCCGCGACCUGCUCUUAACUAUCAUUGACCUUGUCCGCUACCUCAAGAGUCAUAAUUAUAUCACGAUGGCCCCUUAUUACGAAACCGCGAAGUCGUUCUCAGAUGUCCCCAUUACCGAGGACGGAGUGGACACCGCUUCGUUCCUCCAUGCAUCGGAUGAUUUCAUGAACAUGUUCGACCUGCUUGGGACAGGGGUUUUCAGUUUCGUACAAUCGGAUCUGCGAAGCAACAUUGCUGGCGUGCGGGCGCGCCAUGGAGCCAAGCCUGACCUCUCGGUCACUCUCGAGAAGCUGGUGCAAACCGAGACCAAGGAAGGCGAGCGUCAUGCUACCGCUUGUCUUGUACGACUCGUUCGUGGCCUUCUUUUUACGUGUCAGGCACUGCAGAACAUGCAGACCGACAGAAAUGCGGAAUUGCAUGUUUGUUUCCGACGGUCCUACGAUACGAUCCUGAAACAUCACCACUCCUUUGUCGUCCGAUCGGUGGUCACAGUCGCUAUCAGAGCCGUCCCACACCGUCGCGACUUCUAUAACCGCCUUACAGAAGGCACCUCUCAUGAGAAGUUCGACGCAGAACUUAACGGGUGGCUCCAAGGCCUGGAAAAGAUAGUCAACCGCAUGAAGGAUUUCCUCGAGCGCGGAGGAUAUGGAAGGGUGUGAGCCCUUCCCCUCACGUCCAGAUAUCCCUCGCUUUAGUAGGAAGUUGUAACGGCGUCUUCAGCUUCGCAUUCUGUGACAGAAGCCUCAGCAAUGGCGGAAAUACAUGCGGAAGUAUCAAAUGUUGCCCGCUCUGGACCCCAGACGUGCAUGUGGCUGACGCCGUAAUGUGGAAGGAGGACACCAUCGAGUUAUCGAUGGAGGAUACAGUUAAUAUAUGCAACCACUUCUUCCGCCCUCCCGGUAUCGUCGCCGCCGACAAACCCAUAUAGUCGCCUCGUGGCUAGCAGCCAAUAGAUGCUUAUUUUCCUGUUCUUUGAUGAUGGAUAGAAAACGCACGGCUGCUCCGAUGGGCUUUAUGAUAUCUCGGGGUUUGAUUUAAGUUUGUUCUCGCUGGUCGCACUUGUUUGGCAACGAAUACGCCUCUACUCGGCCCCAUGCGUUACUUCGCAUGUCUGGGCUCAUCUAGAAUUCUAAUAGUGAUAUCAUGUGUCUACGGAGACACUGGUGGGACGGCCAGGGGCCCGUAUAAAGUUCAUCGGGCGGACCGAACUAUUUAAGUUGCGCAAGCUUUAGUACCGAGCCACA